UUGUCGACACAAAUGUGCGUAUGUACACGUGGAGAAGAGAAGCCAUCGCACGCCAAUGAUUGUCGCGGAUCGCGUGCCAAAUUACCCCCUCCUCUAACGAAAUAGGGAUACGCAUUUUCGAAGGUACGAAAGGGGGCGCAAAAGAUUUCGAGGUGCUAAAAUAAAAGCGAAACAACGUUAGGUCCGCGAGAGCAGCGAGCCCGUGGCGCGCAUAAGGGUGGCUUUUUUGCAGUACGUGCGAGUGCAUCGAGAAGCAAGUAUCGCAAGAACCCAAUAUCCCUCGGAAAAUCCUCGGCUAUACCGCGAAAAAAAAAACACAAAGUGAAUGAUAGUUUUCAUACAAGGCUCAAUAUUGAAGUGAAUUUGUGUCAAAACUAUCAUGUGGGACGAUGAACCUGCGGCAUGGGAUACCGAAGAAACCGCGCCCGAAGCAGCUGCCGAAGGUGCAGCAGAAGGUGCACCGGCUGAAGGAGCCGCUCCUGAGAAGCCGGUUCUAAAAUUGGAAAAGAUCGAACCACCCCAUUACAAUCAUCAUUGGGUUCGACCAUUGUUCCUUAACUACGCCUAUCUUUAUGAUUAUAGGAAGAAUUAUUACGACGAUGUGAUCGAUUAUCUCAAUCAGAGGCAGAAGGGCAUAUUUCGUGAGCCACCUAGGGCCCAGGAAUGGGCAGAAAGAACCAUGAGAAUUUACGAUCAGAAAAAUAAGGAUAAGAGCUUCAAACGUUCGGCUGAUAUGAAGUACAUCACAAAUAUGGAACUCACGUCCAGACAUUACAGUUACCAUACUCGCGCUUAUUACAGCCUUAAAUAUCAAAAGAUCUUAUAAGGAAAUUCAUUUCCUGCUCUAUUCAAAGCGAAAGAAGUAAUCGUCAAAAGGCCAUUUAAAUUUCACAUAUUCACACAUAUGUAUCUAUCAAGGGAAGCAUCUAUUUAUCAUUAUUUUUGUUUUAAUAUAUGUCUUAUAAUCGAAUUGGAUACAUACAUUAAUAUAAUUGCUUUUAUUAUAUCGUAUUUUUGCGAUUCCACAAUUUUUAUUAGAUGCU